UUUAAAUGGUGGUCAAAGUUUCGUGUGAUCAACAAUCAUGAAUGGGAACGUUAAAGUAUUAACAGAAGAUUCGCAAUUUCAACUAGAAUUGAUUAGCGCUGGCACAAAGCUUGUAGUAGCUGAUUUUUCCGCUACAUGGUGUGGACCAUGUCAGCGGAUAGGGCCGGUCUUCACUGAAUACAGUGCAAGAUACCCAAAAGCUGUUUUUCUGAAAAUUGACGUCGACCAGUGUCCUCAAACGGCUCAAGAAAAUGCUAUUUCUGCGAUGCCGACGUUUUUAUUUUUGCGUAACAAGGUGAAGAUUGAUUCUCUGAAGGGGGCGGAUCCCAACGCACUGAAUGAGAAGAUAAAGAAAUGGUACAGUGACGAAGAUGGUGACGAUGGAGACUCGCCAGUCAAGGGACAUAUGGAUCUAAAUUCGUUUAUUACGAAGACUGGCUGUGAAUGUUUGAACGAGUCUGAUGAUCACUUGCUUGAACAUGCCCUCACAUCCAAGGAAGGCUACUUGGAAAGUGACGUAGAUGAGCAGCUUAUCAUGAGUAUUGCCUUCAACCAGCCUGUAAAGAUCCACUCGCUGAAGAUCCAUGGACCUGAAGACAAGGGCCCGAAGACCGUGAAGCUGUUUAUUAACCAACCGACGACUCUCGACUUCGACGCUGCAAGCUCGAGGGAUGGAGUACAGAACUUAGAACUGAAAUUGGAAGACCUCAAAGAAGGAUCUCUCAUUCCUCUAAGAUACGUCAAGUUCCAGAAUGUACAGAAUGUUACCAUAUUUGUCAAAGAUAAUCAGGGAGGAACAGAGACGACACAAAUAGACUUUCUUGGAUUGAUCGGUAGUCCAGUGGGAUCAACAAACAUGUCUGACUUUAAAAGGGUUGCUGGUAAAAAAGGAGAAAGUCACUGAGAGAUAUUCAGCUGUUUGUUAUUGUAACACGGCCACUGCUUACUCUGUUUGUGUCACUGUAACAGGCCGGAGACAAAAUGCCAGUUCUCGUCUUUUACAAGGAACUAUGUGGAUUUGGGAAAUGGAAACCUUAGUGCUUAUACCUCAGCAGGGAACAUUUUGUUCAAUAUCGCGUUGCGAUACGCUACGCAAGUUUCAGAGAUUGCUACACAAUUUUAAAACAUUAAACAGUAGUUGCUGAUAAAUUUUAAGUUGACUAGAAAGCUAAAGUUAAAAUUUAAUUUGUCUAAUGACACCACUGAAGCACAUUGAUUAAUUAAUCAUCAACUACUGGAUGUCAAACAUUUGGUAAUUUUGACAUGUAGUCUUAGAGAGGAAACCCGCUACUUU